AUGGCUCAAAGAAAAAACGAUGGAAGUAAACUCUUCAUGACAGUGUUGUGUAUGGGGGCAGCUUGCAGUGCCAUCCCCAUCAGUGACCUGCUGGACCGAGCCUCUCAGCGCUCUGACAAACUGCACUCCCUCAGCACCACGCUCACACACGACCUGGACUCUCACUUCCCUCCCAUCGGCCGGGUGAUCAUGCCUCGCCCCUCGAUGUGCCACACCUCGUCUCUGCAGACACCCAGUGACAAGGAGCAAACUCUUCAAGUAUCAGAGUCAGACCUGUUGUCAUUGGCUCGCUCCUUGCUCCAUGCCUGGGCGGACCCCCUGGUAGUCCUGUCCGCCUCUGCUAACACCCUGCCCCACCCAGCCCAAAGCACCAUAUCCAACAAGAUCCUGGAGCUGCAGGAGCACUCCAAGAGCCUGGGAGACGGCCUGGAUAUCUUAUCUGGAAAGAUGGGUCCCGCAGCUCAGACCAUCUCCUCACUGCCCUACAGUGGAGGCAAUGACAUCGGCCAGGACAGGAUUUCCAAAUUGAUCAACUUCAAUUUCCUGUUGUCCUGCUUCCGCCGCGACUCUCACAAGAUUGACAGCUUCCUGAAAGUGCUACGCUGCCGGGCCACUAAAUCGCUCCCGGAGACGUGCUGA